AUAUCCAUUCAUUCCAAUUCUCCACAAAAUCACUAUCAUGGCUGCUGAACAACCUCUCAAUGGCGCCUUCUACGGUCCAUCAGUCCCACCACCAGCUCCCAAAGGCUACUACCGACGUGGGCACGGUCGCGGCUGUGGCUGCUGCCUCCUCAGCUUAUUCGUCAAAGUCAUCAUAUCCCUUAUUGUCAUCCUCGGGGUAGCCGCUCUCAUCUUCUGGCUCAUCGUCCGUCCUCGUGCCAUCAAGUUCCACGUGACCGAUGCGUCCCUUACCCGCUUUGACCACACUUCCCCCGACAACAUUUUAAGGUAUAACCUAGCCCUCACUGUCCCUGUACGUAACCCUAACAAGAGGAUCGGAGUCUACUACGACAGAAUCGAAGCUCAUGCUUACUACGAGGGAAAGAGGUUUAGUUCCAUCUCGUUAACUCCUUUCUAUCAAGGACACAAAAACACAACCGUUCUCACACCAACGUUCCAAGGCCAAAACCUUGUUAUCUUUAACGCCGGACAGUCUCGGACUUUGAACGCGGAGAGGAUCUCCGGUGUGUACAAUAUAGAGAUCAAGUUCAGGCUUAGGGUUAGGUUUAAGCUUGGGGACUUGAAGUUUAGGAGAAUUAAGCCUAAGGUUAAUUGCGAUGAUCUAAGGCUUCCUUUAAGUACCUCCAACGGAACUACAACCACUUCUACCGUUUUCCCUAUCAAGUGUGACUUCGAUUUUUGAGUCUUAGAAUUUUAUCCUCUCCCAUUCCAUCAUAUAUUGGUUCGUUCAUUUUUAUUUUAUUUUCUAAUUGCGGCACUAUACGACUUAUUUUCUAUGUAGCCUAUUGUAUACAUUUAUUUGUCCACAUAUAUAAAUAAAACAGUCUUUUAUGU